CAAGAAGGAAGGAGUGCUACUGUCUUCUGGAAAAACUAGCUUCUGCAGCCAAGAACAAUGAAUUCUAUGGAGGCUUUAACAGUGGAAGAAUCGGUUAAGAAGAGCACUAUUGACAAAUAUAAAGUAAUUUGCAUUGUUCUCCUUGCUCUGUUGGUGACUGUAUCACUUGGGUUAGGCCUGGGACUUGGACUCAGACAACCAGAGGCACAAGGCAGUUGCAGGAGAAAAUGCUUUGAUUCAUCCUACAAAGGACUGGAGGGCUGCCGAUGUGACGUGGGAUGCAAAGACCGAGGCGACUGCUGCUGGGAUUUUGAAGACACCUGUGUGGAAUCAACUCAACUAUGGACAUGCAAUGCAUUUCGCUGUGGGGAGAGCAGGCUGACGGCCCACCUGUGCUCCUGCGCCGCCGACUGCCUGCAGAGGGGGGACUGCUGUGUCGACUACAGGAGCGUCUGCCGAGGAGAAACACCAUGGGUGAAAGAAGCAUGUGGCACAGCCCAGCAACCUCAGUGUCCAGAAGGGUUUGACCUGCCACCAGUUAUCUUGUUUUCCAUGGAUGGCUUUAGAGCUGAAUAUUUGCAAACUUGGAGCACUUUAAUGCCAAAUAUUAAUAAACUGAAAACAUGUGGAAUUCAUUCAAAAUACUUGAGAUCUGUCUACCCAACCAAAACCUUCCCAAAUCAUUACACUAUUGUCACGGGCUUGUAUGCAGAGUCACAUGGCAUCAUUGACAACAAUAUGUAUGACGUGAACCUCAAUAAGAAUUUCUCACUCUCUUCAAGUCAGAAAAAUAAUCCGGACUGGUGGAAGGGGCAACCGAUCUGGCUGACAGCCAUGAACCAAGGUUUAAAAGCUGGAACCUUCUUUUGGCCGGGAUCAGAUGUUGCUAUCAAUGGCUCCUUUCCUUCCUUGUAUGUGAUGUACAACAAGAGUAUCACAUAUGAAGCAAGGAUCUCUGAAUUGCUUAAGUGGCUGGACCUGCCCAAAGCUGAAAGACCCGCCUUUUACACCAUUUAUGUGGAAGAACCUGAUUCUGCAGGACAUGAAGGUGGACCAGACAGUGCCAAUGUUGUUCAAGCCUUACAAUUAGUAGAUAAUGCUUUUGGGAUGCUGAUGGAAGGUCUCAAGCAGCGGAACUUACACAAUUGUGUCAACCUAAUCCUUUUGGCUGACCAUGGAAUGGAUCAGACUUAUUGUGACAAGAUGGAAUACAUGACUGAUUAUUUUCCACAAAUAAACUUCUACAUGUAUGAAGGGCCUGCACCCCGCAUCAGGUCUCGUAAUAUUCCCCAAGACUUUCAUACUUUUAAUUCUGAAGAAAUUGUUAGGAACCUCAGUUGCCGAAAACCCGAUCAGCAUUUCAAACCCUACUUGACUCCUGAUUUGCCCAAACGACUACACUAUGCCAACAAUGUCAGAAUCGACAAAGUUCAUCUCCUGGUGGAGCAACAGUGGCUGGCAGUGAGGAGUAAAGCAUACACGCUCUGUGGAGGCGGCAACCACGGUUAUGACAAUGAGUUUAAGAGCAUGGAGGCUAUCUUUUUGGCACAAGGACCCAGUUUCAAAGAGAAGACUGAAAUAGAACCAUUUGAAAAUAUUGAACUCUAUAACCUAAUGUGUGAUCUUCUGCGCAUUCAGCCAGCUCCAAACAAUGGUACACAUGGUAGUUUGAACCAUCUUCUGAAGGUGCCUUUUUAUGAGCCAUCCCAUGCUGAGGAAGUGUCAAAGUCUUCUGUUUGCGGCUUUACUAAUCCAUUGCCCACAGAUUCACUGCAAUGUUCUUGCCCCAUGCUAGGAAGUGACACUGAUCUAGAACGUGUGAAUCAAAUGCUAAAUCUCACCCAAAAAGAAAUAACGGAAACAGAGAAAGUAAAUUUGCCAUUUGGGAGGCCCAGGGUUAUGCAGAAGGACAAGGAACACUGUCUCCUUUACCACAGGGACUACGUGAGCGGCUAUGGAAAAGCUUUCCGGAUGCCCAUGUGGAGCUCAUAUACAGUCCCCAAGCCGGGAGACGCGUCUCCUUUUCCUCCUGCUGUCGCAGACUGUCUGCGGGCUGAUGUCAGGGUCGCCCCUUCUGAGAGCCAAAACUGUUCCUUCUACCCAGCAGACAAGGAUAUCACCCACGGCUUCCUCUACCCUCCUGGGAACAAUAGAACUUCUGACAGCCAAUAUGAUGGGUUAAUUACAAGUAAUUUGGUCCCUAUGUAUGAUGCGUUCAAAAAAAUAUGGGAUUAUUUUCACAGUGUUCUUCUUAUAAAACAUGCCACAGAAAGAAAUGGAGUAAAUGUGAUUAGUGGACCAAUAUUUGAUUAUAAUUAUGAUGGCCAUUUUGAUGCUCCAGAUGAAAUUACACAGUACUUAGCCAACACCAGUGUUCCCAUCCCCACACACUACUUUGUGGUGCUGACCAGCUGUAAAAACCAGAGCGACACUCCCAGUGCUUGCCCCGGGGAGCUGGACGUCCUGCCCUUUGUCAUCCCUCACCGACCCACCAACGUGGAGAGCUGUGCGGAAGAUAAAGAAGAAGCUCUUUGGGUUGAAGAAAGAUUAAAGGUACAUGUUGCCCGGGUCCGCGAUGUGGAACUUCUCACUGGUCUUGACUUUUAUCAGGACAGAGAACAGCCUGUAUCUGAGAUUUUGCAACUGAAGACAUAUUUACCUAUAUUUGAAACCCUUAUUUAACUUAAUGUAGUAAAAAAUUUGGCAAAAUGUG